UUAUUAUCCAACAAGAGUCUCCCACUGCCACUCGAGGCCUGCGAUGUCGCAUGAGCCCGGUGGAGACGCACUCGGCCGUCGGCGGGGCCUCGACGGAUAGCUCGGGGCCCGACGAAUAAAGAAAGACCAUUCUCAUGGAGAUCCACUGAGGAAAGCCAACAGCCCGGGAGGCCUUUGAUCUUUGUAGCUACUGGGCUCUAAGGCCCAUAGUACUCUGAACUUCCAAACUGAAACAGUUUGUUCGUCAGAGCCUUGCCUUUCCUAUUCCGUUGCCUUCUGUAAUGUGGAAUGUGGAUGCUAAGCAGCUGCAGCUCAGCUCUGCUCUCUUAUUUCUUCUGUUAUAGAUAGAUGUCCCAUGGCCUCACCUUUGUGUCUGUCAUCUUCUGCCUCGCCUCUUCAUCCCUCCCUGCCGUUAAACCUCAGACCCCCUAAUUUCUCGAAACGCGCCGCUGCUCCCUUCCUUACUGUCACCUCACCAGCUUCCUUCUCCUGCAGAAGACCCCUUCUUCUUCAGUCCCUACUGCCCAAUGAAGUUCCCCGGAAGAUCCGCCGGGGCUGCACAGCCUCCGCUGCGGCCGAAGAUGCUCUGUCCUCGCCAUCGGACGCUCAGCAGAUGGUCUCCAGCAGCGGUGAUGAUGGCGUAUACACCAUCAUUUCGGUCCUUCUCUUAAUCGCGUUCAUCGGUCUAUCAGUUCUCACGAUUGGGGUUAUCUACAUCGGAGUGACCGAUUUUUUGCAGAAGAGGGAGAGAGAGAAGUUUGAGAAGGAAGAGGCAGCUAAGAAGAAGAAGGGUGGGAAGAAGGUUAAGGUCAGGGCAAGGGCUGGCCCCAGAGGGUUCGGGCAGAAGACUGAUGUUGAAGAUGAAUUUGACGAUUAGAUGGGAUUUGCUUAGCUUUGGAUGGUAAUCUGUUGGCUGUCGCAGUGAUGGUUUACUUCUCUUCUCGAAUUUUUUUUUUUUUUUGUAUGUAAUAGCCAUUAACUCUCGUGAGGCGUUCUGAUCUUUUUCUUUUUUCCUUUUUUUCCUCUCUUGAGUCUCAAAAUGGGCAUGAAAGUUGCAGCAUAUUCGAUUUUGACAACUUUGUACUUUGUAUAUCGUGCCAAGGGGAAUUAAAUGGUUCAUUCAAAACCGUGCAAGAGCCUUUCAUCU